AAAGAAAAAAAACUAUAUCAACUAGAGAUUUCCGAAAAUAACCUUGGCUUUUUAUAAAAGGACGAUAAAGCCCUUAAUACCCCGGCCUUUUCUGGCUCUUCAUUAGGAAGUCUUCUCCGCUAGUCGUCUCCUGGGUCUUCUCACUUCCUACUAAACCGAAAAACCAUCACUCUCCCAAAUCCCAUCUCUAAUCACCCAUCAAUGUUGGAUCUAUUUCCACCCAAAAUUCUAUAGAAAUCAAUUGGAAAAUCCCAUUUGAUUUACCCGAAUGGGCACCGGUUUUAGAUCUCGGUUUUUUAUUUUGAUCUCUCUUGCUUAUUUAAUAUUUUGUGGGUUCAAUUUUGUUGGAGCUCAAAAUCGGAGGCCGAAGAACGUUCAGAUUGCGAUUCGGGCUAAGUGGUCCGGCACUCCAUUGCUUUUGGAAGCCGGUGAAUUACUUUCGAAAGAGUCAAAAAAUCUUUUCUGGGAGUUCAUUGACAACUGGGAACAUGUUGCAAAAACUGAUGGUGAUUCUCAUUCGGCUAAAGACUGCCUUAAAAAGAUUUUGAAACAUGGUAGCUCUCUUUUAAGUGAACCAUUGGCAUCGUUAUUUGAAUUCUCCUUAACUCUAAGAUCUGCUUCACCGAGAUUGGUGCUUUACCGGCAACUAGCAGAGGAGUCUCUUUCUUCUUUUCCGCUGUCUGAUGAUAGUUACUCGAACAAUGUGAACGGUAUGGAUGCUAGUGAAGCUAUAGAAACUAAAAAGUCGGAUCCCUUGCUUGUUGGUGUAAAUCCAAAAAGCCCUGGUGGAAAAUGUUGUUGGGUGGACACUGGUGGGGCAUUAUUUUUUGAUAUUGCAGAACUGCAGUCUUGGCUUCAGAGACCUAAUGAACUCAGUGGAGAGUCCUUUCAGCAGCCUGAAUUAUAUGAUUUUGAUCACAUCCAUUUUGAUUCAAAUAUUGUGAGCCCAGUUGCUAUUCUAUACGGUGCUCCUGGGACUGAUUGUUUUCAGGAGUUCCAUGUUACCCUAGUUCGAGCUGCCAAAGAGGGAAAAGUUAAGUAUGUUGUCAGACCAGUGUUACCUUCUGGUUGUGAAGGUGAAGUUGGUCUGUGUGGAGCUGUUGGCGCAAGGGAUUCCUUACACUUGGGUGGCUAUGGUGUAGAGCUUGCUUUGAAGAAUAUGGAGUAUAAAGCCAUGGAUGACAGUACCAUAAAGAAAGGUGUAACACUAGAAGAUCCUCGGACUGAAGAUCUUAGCCAAGAAGUUAGAGGGUUUAUAUUUUCAAAAAUUCUGGAACGAAAACCUGAGCUUACUUCUGAGAUAAUGGCUUUCAGGGAUUAUUUAUUGUCAUCAGCAAUAUCAGACACACUUGAUGUUUGGGAAUUAAAAGAUUUAGGGCAUCAAACUGCACAGAGAAUAGUACAAGCCUCUGAUCCUUUGCAGUCAAUGCAGGAAAUCAACCAAAAUUUUCCAAGUGUAGUAUCUUCUUUAUCUCGGAUGAAGCUCAAUGAUUCAAUCAAAGAUGAAAUAAUUGCAAACCAGAGAAUGAUCCCUCCUGGCAAGUCCUUAAUGGCUCUGAAUGGUGCUUUAAUCAAUAUCGAAGAUAUUGACCUUUAUCUAUUGAUUGACUUGGUCCAUCAGGAACUAUCAUUGGCUGAUCAGUUUUCAAAAUUAAAGAUCCCUCAUAGCACUGUACGGAAGCUUCUAUCAACUGUGACUCCUCCUGAGUCAGAUAUGUUCCGAGUUGAUUUUCGUUCUGCCCAUGUUCAUUAUCUCAAUAACUUGGAGGAGGAUGCCAUGUAUAGGCAAUGGAGGAGUAAUAUAAAUGAUAUUUUAAUGCCUGUCUUUCCCGGCCAGCUACGUUAUAUCCGUAAGAAUCUGUUCCAUGCAGUUUAUGUUCUUGAUCCGGCAACAGUUUGUGGUCUUCAGUCUAUCGAUAUGAUUACAUCUUUCUAUGAGAAUAGUUUCCCGAUGAGAUUUGGGGUGAUACUAUAUUCUACACAGCUCUUUAAGAAGAUUGAAGGGAGUGGUGGUGAACUUCAUUCAUUUGCUUUGGAGCAUGACAGUGAAAUUGAGGACGACAAAUCCAGCUUGAUUAUACGACUUUUCAUCUAUAUUAAGGAAAACCAUGGGACUCAAUCAGCUUUUCAAUUUUUGAACAAUGUAAAUCGGCUACGAAUGGAAUCUGCUGACUCUACGGAUGAGGCUCUUGAAAUGCACCAUAUUGAAGGGGCAUUUGUGGAAACAGUAUUACCGAAAGCGAAAUCUCCACCGCAAGAAAUACUGUUAAAGCUGGAAAAGGAACAGACUUUUAAGGAACUGUCUCAAGAGAGCUCUUUGUUUGUUUUUAAGCUGGGUGUGGGCAAGCUGCAGUGCUGCCUACUGAUGAAUGGUCUUGUCUUUGAUUCUAGUGAGGAAGCUCUUGUAAAUGCCAUGAAUGAUGAGCUUCCCAGAAUACAAGAACAAGUUUACUAUGGGCAAAUAAAUUCUCGCACUGACAUACUGGACAAAUUCCUAUCAGAAAAUGGUGUCAGUCGCUAUAAUCCCCAGAUUAUUGUUGAUGGCAAGGUCAAAUCAAGGUUUGUAUCACUAGCUUCAUCAAUCCUUGGAGGGGAAUCUGUACUGAAUGAAAUUAAUUAUAUUCAUUCUGUUGAAACUGUGGAUGAUGUGAAGCCUGUAACUCAUCUUCUUGCUGUUGAUGUCACAUCGAAAAAGGGGAUAAAGUUACUUCAUGAAGGAAUUCGUUAUCUGAUUGGAGGGUCCAAAAAUGCUCGCGUUGGUGUGUUAUUUAGUGCUAGUGAGGAUGCUAAUUCGCCUAGUAUUCUACUUGUGAAGACGUUUGAGAUCACUGUAGCCUCAUAUAGUCAUAAGAAGAAGGUAUUGGAGUUUUUAGAUCAACUAUGCUCAUUUUAUGAGCAUGAUUACAAUCUUAGAUCUCCCGCAGCAGCUGAAAGCACUGAAGCGUUCAUUGAUAAGGUCUAUGAACUUGCUGAGGCAAAUGAACUGUCGUCUAAGGCAUAUAAAUCCUCUCUAUCUAAAGCUUCUGCUUUGAAGUUGAGAGAACAUUUGAAUAAGGUGGCACAAUUUUUGUAUAGACAAUUUGGGAUAGCUUCUGGUGUUAAUGCAGUCAUCACCAAUGGCAGGGUUACUUCUCUUGAUGCUGGCGUAUUUCUGAGCCAUGAUCUUCAUCUUCUGGAGUCUGUUGAGUUCAAGCAUAGAAUAAAGCACAUUGUAGAGAUUAUUGAAGAAGUUAAUUGGCAGGGCAUAGAUCCUGACAUGCUAACAAGUAAAUACAUUAGUGAUAUUAUUAUGUUCGUGUCAUCCUCAAUGGCUACAAGGGAUCGAAGUACUGAAAAUGCACGCUUUGAGAUUUUGAAUGCUCAAUAUAGUGCUGUUGUUCUUAACAAUGAGAAUUCUAGUAUUCAUAUUGAUGCUGUUGUUGAUCCUUUAAGUCCAUCUGGUCAGAAACUGUCGUCACUUCUUCGUGUUUUGGCUAAGUAUGUCCAUCCAAGCAUGCGCAUUGUACUAAAUCCCUUGAGUUCCCUUGUUGAUCUUCCACUGAAGAACUAUUAUAGAUAUGUUGUCCCAACCAUGGAUGAUUUCAGCAGUACCAGUUGCACUGUAAAUGGACCAAAAGCAUUUUUUGCAAAUAUGCCAUUGUCUAAAACACUCACAAUGAACCUGGAUGUACCUGAGCCAUGGCUUGUUGAGCCUGUUGUUGCUGUUCAUGACCUGGACAAUAUUUUGCUUGAAAACCUGGGUGACACAAGGACAUUGCAGGCAGUUUUUGAACUUGAAGCUCUUGUUCUGACUGGUCAUUGUGCCGAGAAGGAUCGUGACCCUCCCAGAGGUCUUCAGCUAAUUCUUGGAACAAAGAAUACACCUCAUUUGGUUGAUACUAUUGUGAUGGCCAACUUGGGCUAUUGGCAGAUGAAAGUAUCUCCUGGAGUUUGGUACCUGCAACUUGCUCCAGGCAGAAGUUCCGAGUUGUAUCUUUUUAGAGAUGGUGGUGAUGAUGGAAGUCAAGAGAAAUCUUUGUCAAAGCGAAUCACUAUAAAUGAUUUGAGGGGUAAAGUAGUUCAUCUAGAAGUAGCGAAGAAGAAGGGAAAAGAGCAAGAAAAAUUGCUUAUUUCAGCUGAUCAUGACAACCAUUCAAAAGAAAAGAGGGGACAUAAUGGUUGGAAUUCAAACUUUCUCAAAUGGGCUACUGGUUUUAUUGGUGGAAGUGAGCAAUCAAGAAAGAGUGAUGACAGUUUGGUGAAGCAUGGGAAGGGUGGACGACAUGGAAAAACAGUUAACAUAUUUUCAAUUGCUUCAGGACAUUUAUAUGAACGCUUCCUUAAAAUUAUGAUUUUAAGUGUAUUAAAGAACACUCGUCGUCCAGUGAAAUUCUGGUUUAUAAAGAACUACUUGUCUCCUCAGUUCAAGGAUGUGAUUCCACAGAUGGCAGAGGAAUAUGGCUUUGAGUAUGAACUAAUUACCUACAAAUGGCCCACAUGGUUGCAUAAGCAGAAAGAAAAACAGCGAAUUAUCUGGGCAUAUAAGAUUUUGUUCCUUGAUGUUAUAUUUCCCCUUUCGUUGGAGAAGGUUAUAUUUGUUGAUGCUGAUCAAGUUGUAAGGGCAGAUAUGGGAGAACUCUAUGACAUGGAUAUCAAAGGAAGACCUCUUGCAUAUACUCCUUUUUGUGACAACAAUAAGGACAUGGAUGGAUAUCGAUUUUGGAGACAAGGAUUUUGGAAAGAUCAUUUACGGGGUAAACCAUACCAUAUAAGUGCAUUGUAUGUGGUUGACUUGGUGAAGUUUCGUGAGACUGCAGCUGGAGAUAAUUUAAGAGUCUUUUAUGAAACUCUUAGCAAGGACCCAAACAGUCUAGCCAAUCUGGAUCAGGAUCUUCCAAACUAUGCUCAGCAUACGGUACCGAUAUUUUCGUUACCCCAAGAAUGGCUAUGGUGUGAAUCAUGGUGUGGAAAUGCCACAAAACCUAGGGCUAAAACCAUUGAUCUUUGCAACAAUCCAAUGACAAAAGAACCAAAACUUAAGGGUGCUAGAAGAAUAGUUUCUGAGUGGACAGAUCUCGACUUUGAGGCAAGAAUAUUCACUGCCAAAAUAUUGGGUGAUGAACUGGACAAUCCUGAGCCAGUAGCAUCAUCUGAGCCUACCUCAAAUGACCGUACAUUGGAAGAUCUAGAAUCCAAGUCAGAGCUGUGAAAAUUUGGAUUUCAGCACAUUGCAGUUCAGAUGUUAUUGGGUUUCAAGCACAUUGCAAUUCAAAUGUUAUUCUUGGCAUCCAGUUGGUACUGUCAUUGUAAAAUCUGUCUUAGAGAGGUAACACUUCUGGUGCCCUGAUAAGGUUUUUGAUACUCAAUUUUGUCCAAAAAAAAAAAAAAGGGGGUUACUGUCUUGAGGAUGCAACUUUCCAAACCAAGGCUUUGAUAACAUUUCCUGAAGCCAAAGCUUUACCUGAUACACUAGAAACUUCCUAUUUAGUUGAACAUUUUUAACCCAAUUAUUUAUGUACCUGAUGCUUGAAGAGCUAGGAUGGAAUGAAGAAAUUUUUGCAAUGUUAUUUCGA